GUUGCAUGGGCACACAGUUCUUAUUCGACUUUUGUACUUGAUAACAACAACAGCUCUGCAGCUACACUGCACGGUUGUUCUUUCCUUUUAACAAAAUCUUAAUAGUUUUUUUUUUUUUUUGUAAAUCAUUCUACAAUAUUUGUAUUAUACUUGUUGGUAUUCAUAUAUAUAAUAUAAAAAAAUGCGUGCAAAUUAUUUUACAAUCGUUAUUCUACUUUUUGGAUUCAGUUUACGUAACACUUUUUGUCAGACACAAGUUGAGCCAUCAGGAAAAUGUAGAGCACCCGACAAAGCACCUUUAAACCUUGAAAUAAUAAUUAGCAUCUGCCAAGAAGAAAUCAAAUCUGCAUUACUACAAGAAGCUUUAGAUAUUCUCAAUGAUGGCACUUUGGAACAAAAUACAGAAAACCAAAGCAGAUCAAAAAGAGAUGCUGAAGAAGACUUGACAAAUGAAGAACGCAGAGUUGCUGGGUGUUUGCUCCAGUGCGUCUACAAGAAAGUGAAAGCAGUUGAUGAGACCGGCUUUCCAGUAGUGGACGGCCUGAUGAAACUGUACAACGAGGGUGUGCAAGACAGAAAUUACUACAUGGCGACGUUGUCCGCGGUCAGACAUUGUAUCUCUAUCGCACAGCAGCUGAAACAACAACAGCCGUCAAACCGAUUUGACGAUGGACAGACAUGUGAUCUUGCAUAUGAAAUGUUUGAAUGCGUGAGCGCUAAAAUUGAUGAAAAUUGUGGAGUGGAAAAUAAAUCAAACAAUUUAGGUUAA